ACCCUUCCUCUAUUAAAACCUAAAACCACCGGCCGCCAACGCCCCUUCCAAUCACCGCCGCCGCCGCCGCCGCCGCCUCCUCCACCCGCUCCUCCGCCUGAACCCUAGCCAUGGCGUGGCGCGGCGCUGCGUCCCGCACCGUCCUCGCCGCGGUCCGCCGCCCGGCACCCUCCGCCGCGCUCGGCGGCCUCCGCGCCCCUCCUCCCUUCGCGGCCCCGCGCCGCCGGAUCCCUUCCCCCUUCGCCCCCUCCCACUCCACCUCCCCGCUCGGGGCCGCACGGCCCCUGGCGGCCAUGAUGGGGUCGCCGCUGACGGCGGCGGUGGUGCUAGGGCGGAUGACGGCGCACCCGUCUGCCAGCGCCCGGGCCUGCUGCGAGCUCUCCCAGGGAAAUGGGGACGAUGGUUGAUGUUGGAGGCUGGCCAGCAUGACGGGGACUUUAUCUCCUAGAAUGAUGUACUUGAAUUUGCCAUGUUGAUUCACCAUCCUUUUUAAAGAGGAUACAAAUCUUGGAUUCGUCUUUUGGAAAGCUAUUCUGGGGCCGUCCUUUUAAUCCUUGAGUUAUUAGAAGAAUGUCUCCAACAAAAUAGCUUCUCUCCAAAUUACUAGCCUAGACUGAAAAUAAUCUUCCUGUCAUGUGACAUGGUUUAUGUCAUGGAUUUAGCUUCUACUUUUGUAGCGAAAUACCUUUGUGUUGCCUGCUAAGAGGAUUUGGUGGCACAUUUUAUAUGAUUUCUUAGAUUGGAAGGUAUCUCUGUUCCACGAGCAACAACUGUGGUCACACUGUCAUUUUAGUUUCCAGUUGAGCAAUGAUGCUUGAGAUGUGUGUGUCUGAUUUCCAA